CAGGUGGCAGUCAACGGACACAUCUCAAGCACUGCAGUCGCGGAACAGAAGCAAACAAAAUCCAAAAUUCAAUACGAAUUGAAAUCGCAUCUCCCUGGCUUCUGCUUUAGCCAGAGUCAAGUCUUAACAAUUUGCGUGUGUGCUAUGUGCUUUUGUUUAGCUUUUGUUGCGUGAAAGUCGUUGAAGCAUACAAUUCGUUGCAGUUAGUUAAUUCGCAGCCGGAGUUCAAUGAAAUAAUUAAGGAUACGUACAAUAUAUAACAACAGCAAAUUAUUCAGAGAAACUGCAAUAUACAAGAGGCAGGCUCUAUUAUACCAAGCCAGGCAGCUGCUAUCCAAAACAAAUUAUCAUGCUGUUUCUCACAAAGAGUUCAAGUGCGCGACGCUCAUUGUUGGCUUUGGUGCUGGCGUUGUGCUUUUUGAGCUGCGCUCUGGGCGCCAAAAUAAGCAAGAAGGUCGAAAAGCCUCCGUCUAAUGGCAAUGCAGACAAAGCCGAGCCAGCAGCAGCGGCAGCUGCACAGGCAGCCGAAGGCAACAAUGAGAAGAAUGAAGACGAGGAAGCUGAUGACGAAGAUGAGGAGGAUGAGGAUGAUGAUGAUGAGGAGGAGGAGACGGAGGCGGAGAAGCAGCCAUCAGCAGAUAAGGUUGAUGCAGUAGCUGCCACAGCUACCGGCAACAAGAACGAACUGCAGCCGGCCGUUGAUCCAACAGAUCUCAGCGUUUGGGGCAUGGUGCGGACACUUUGGAGCUGGCUGCGCAGCGAUCUCAGUGAAAGUCUCUUUGGCGAUGACGACGAUGAAAAGCCAGCUGCCGUGGGUGAGGGCCGCACCUUUGGGAAGAUUCGUCGUCUACAAAUGGCUUUGGUGCCCAUCAUCUUUAAGUUCGGCGUACUCUCCGCCAUGGUUGCGUUCCUUGUGGCCAUUGGCAUGAAGUCCCUCUUCCUGCUUAAGGUUUUGGUCGUAAUGAACGCACUUGCUAUUCUGGGCAAAUUUCUAACUCUGAAGACAAGCCUAUUCGGGCAGUACGAGCACUCGGCGCCAAGCUUUAGCUAUCCUGGAUGGAAUCCACAUGCUAAGGAGUCGUGGGGUCCUACAGGUCUGAGCGGGUCCCCUUCGGGGCCACAUCAUCCCAGCAAGGAGAUUCAUUUACACAUACACGGCAAUGCCCAGACCCAGGCACAGUUGGCCGGCCAGAGCUAUAACUAUGAGACGCAGGGCGGCUGGGCCAGCCGGUCCGAUCCUUACAGUACCUACCAGCCCACCGGCCAGUAUCAGGAUCAGCACACAGCUGAGGUGCCCAACAAUACGGAUCCGAUGUCGCUGCUGCCCACGAAGUAUCCGGCGCGCAGCCUGAUUCGCUGAGCGGCUUUGACCUUCGGCCAACGACCACCGUGUAAAAUUUUAGUCAGCGACUUUUCGGGUGCGCAGCUUUACAUAAACUACUUUUAGAAGAACUAGUUGAAAGUUCGAGAGAAUUAAAUUAGCUUGCUGUAACUAGGCUUAAGACGAAUAUUGAUAAACUAUUUAAAUUAUUUAUGAUAUA